GCCUCCCCACCCCAAUCCCCCUUUAUGGGGUUCUUUUGAAGGAAAGGCCCAUUGAAAUCUUUGAGAGACACCAAAAGGCCAAGGAGCUGCCUGUGGUGCAUCUCAUUUUCGGAGCAAGGGACAAGACAUGGAAAAGGGCUUAGAGGGCUCGGGAAAAGUCCCACGCAUCGUCCAGGUGAUGUAUUUUAAGGGGGUGCCAAGACAGCUGAACCAGCAGCCAGAUGUGGGGCUACCCCAGCAGUGGGAAGCCCAGUGGCAGGCAUUUCUGAGCACCCUGCAGCCGGCCCACAUGGGCCGGGGAAGCCUUCAGCUAACAGACGCGGUGCCCUGGGAUGACGCUCGGGCGUUUCUGGCGGCCUUUGAGCAAGUCGCCGAAGCUUGCCGGUGGCCCCGAGAAGAAUGGGUGGGCCAGCUCCUGCCAGCAUUGCGGGGAGGAGUGGAGCAGUCCUUCUUCAGGCUGGACGCCCGAGAGAGGGGGGACUACGUGAAGGUGAAGGCCGCCAUCCUGCGAGCAGACGCCCUCCGCAUGGAAAUGAAACGGCAGCACUUCCGGCAGUGUUGUUACCAGGAGCUGGAGGGGCCGCGGGGGGUGUACAGCCAGCUCCAGGAGCUCUGCCGCCAGUGGCUGAAACCCGAGAAGCACACCAAGGAGCAGAUCCUGGAGAUGAUCAUCCAGGAGCAGCUUCUGGGCAUGCUGCCGGCUGAAGUCCAGAACUGGGUGCGGGAGUGCGGGCCAAAGGACUGCGUCGAAAUGGUGGCGUUGGCAGAGGAUUUCCUGAUGGGCCGCCGUCAUGCGCCCAGGACCUGUGACUGGCAGGUUCCUCUGCCAGAGGUCACAGUUAGUUCUCUGGAGUCCGAGGGGAGGCAGAGGCAGCAUUAUCUCGGAGCCAGUGAAAUUGCAUCCACAAGGAAUUCGGGUGCAGUCCAUCCAUCAACAGGACUGGAAACAGCUGGGGCUGGGACAGCUGAGGAGCCCAUAGAUGUGAAGGAUGAGUUAAGCCUUGAUCAGAAGCCCAUACACUGGGAAGUCUUUCAGGAGAAUGGCGGCAGUGUCAAUGCUUUGGGUGAGUCUCUCUCAUCGGAGAUACUCUACUAGACACUAU